GUCUUCUUGUGAUUGGCUGCAAGGCAUAUUUGAAAGCAGUAAAGACGCGGGGCCCGGCUUCGGGCGGUUAUUAUGAUUUAAAAGUCGAGUUGCGUUGCAUUUGUUUAUGUUUUUAUUUAUCACGUUAUAUUUUAUAUGAAGUGAAAGAGGAAUCGGAGACAUCAUUAUACACAUCAAGCUUGACUCGGGUUUAUACAAGUGGCAUUUCAGCCGGAUGGCGUUCGGCUUGACUAUGAAAUACCUCAAAGUGGAAGGUUAUGUGAAGCUGAUGAGCUGUCUGGAGGAAGCCAGGGGUCUCCUGGGAGAGUUACAGGGAUUCCUCGGCGGAGUGCUGAAAGAUCCAGUCACCGGAGAUCAGAACUCGGAGCACCACGUGGUCUGCGAUCGCGUUCUCCGGGCGUGCAACCAUCAUGUUGGGGCAGGGCCCUCGAACCCUGAACACCUGGGCUGCCUGGCCGAGCUGGCGGAGCUGGCCUACAGGGGCUACCUGGUCUCGGGCACGAAGCAGUCCCCACUGUACAUGGAGAAGAUCCUCUACCACCUGGUCCGCAACCUCUCUGCGCAGGGAUCCCGGGAGCUGACGGAUCGAUUCGGGGAGCACCUUUACAGCCGGCUGGCCCGGGAGCAAGGGCCGGGGGUGUCUGAGGACUACGGGGCGCUGGCCAGGAGCUGCUUCGCCGUGCUGUGGAAGGAGGCAGACUCCCGGGCUCCGGAGGGGCCCAAGCUGGCCGGCAGGCUGCGGUCCGUCCGCUUUUUAAUCUUGCUGGAAGGCGCUGGCCCAGGCCGGCCCUCGACGGAGUGCGCCACCUACCUCUCUCUGUCCGCCAGGCACUCGGAGGUGGCUGGGGCGGAGUACGAGGGCCGCGGGGCCCCCCUAAGCAAGGAGCAAGCCGCGUUCUUGGUCAGGCAGGUCGAAGUCUCCCUGCUCCGGCCCCUGGACCCUGCUGCGAAGGCGUGGCCUGUUUCGACGCGCUCCCGCAGGCUGACCGUGUUGAUGGAGGUGGCCCUGCAGUGUUGCAAGCGGCUCUGCAGGGGGAGCUGCUGGGAGGAGGCAGAAACGCAUCUGAGACAAGCCAGCGGCCUCCUGCCGAAGUCCAGCCUCAGCUUCAGGGCAGCUCUGGGGCUCCUGGAGUCCGGAGUCAGGGUCUUGCGGGCCCUGUCCGACGGCCUCGCGUGCGGGGGCUCUUUUAAAGAAGCUGCCGUCGCCCUGAGCUCUCUGUCGCCCCCUGCUGCCUGUGAUCUGGAGCGCAGGGCUGUCAUCGAGGGGUGCCAGUUCGUGGUGUGGGCCCUGGAGGCUGGGGUGAAGAGGGCGGAGGGGCAGGGCAGCGGGAGAGGGCUUUGCAGUCAGGACCUCGCGAGGCUGUUCGCUUUCAUUGAGGAGUAUCUGAAGCUGCUGCAGAAACAGAUGGACAGUAUGGCUGCGGCCCAUCCAGAGCAGCACAGACUCCUGAAGCAGCUGAGCUACCAGAGCCUUCAGCUCUACUUCUCCCUGGCGUAUGACAGCCUGCUCUCCUCGCAGCUGGAGAGUGCAAAGUCUUUGCAGGCGGUCAUGUGCUGCUGUCGCUCUGCAGCGGAGGCCAUGCUGGCCGGACUCGAGGGCCUCUCUGAGAAGGAUCAGGUCGACUACUUCAAUAAAACAGCCUACUGUGUGAAUAACUUGUCCUGCGGGCUGUAUAACUUGAAGCUGUACUCGGAGGCGCUGUCUCUGGCAGGGAUUCUCUGCAGAAAGCUGGGGGCUCCCGGCUGUCCUGAUCUGUCUCCGGAGAGGCUGCACCGUGCUUUCCUGGUCUCGGUGCAGUGCUGCAGGAAGACGGCGCAGUUCCAGCUGGCCCUGGAGCAGGUGGGCUCAUGGCUGCUGGCCCUGGGGGGCCGCGUGACGGAGCACAUGUCCGAGCCGGUCUCGCUGUGGGUCCGGACGAAGGCAGAGGCAGCGCGGGGCGGGGUGGAGGACGCGAGGCUCAGGACCCUGAAGGACGCGCUGGGGCCCCGGGCCUCUGAUCCGGAGCUCCUGCUUGCCCUGCUGGAGGAGGAGCUGCGAGCAUACCGGGCGCUGCAGGGAGACACGGCUCAGGAGAGGUACAACACGCUGUGCGACCUGCUGGAGAUCUGCCACGAGGACAGCGGCCGGAGCCACGAGAGAGCGGUGUACCUGUGUGAGCUGGGGCAGGUGCUGUGCUACAGGCAAGACUUCACAGAGCAGACAGACUGCUCUGCUCUGGACUCUGUGCGGGAGGCCCUGCGCUUGCUGGAUCUCGUCCCGGAGACCCCGGUGAACAGAGACCGGCUGCUGGACGAGCGAGCUCAGGCCUCCCUGUGGCUCUGCAUCUGCAGCCUGGAGAGCAGCCUGCUGGAGGCUGUGGAGAGAGACCGGAGGCUGCGGGCAGCUCAGUCCCAGGCUGUCAAGAGCAUGGAGGCCUUCGAACCCAACGACCUGAACUAUGAGGAGCAGCUGCAGGACGGGGAGUGCGGCUACGAUGGGAAGAGAUUCAGCAUGGAGACGGAGGCUGAGCAGUGCCGUUCCUUGGACGAAGCCCUGCGUUUGUGGAAGACCCUCCUCUCCAGCAGCCCCCUCCCUGCGGUGCGCAGCCCCAAGCAGACCUCCUCCUCCAUCCAGAUCAUGGCUGCUCUCUACAGGCUGCUAGGCAAGCCCCUGCAGGCCCUGGACAGCUACCUGCUGGUGUCCCGUCUGUCCAGGAGCCUGUCGGACCCGCUGGGCUCCGUCUCCGCUCUGUGCCACCUCACCAAACUGCUGCUGGAGAUGGACUGCCCCAGCCUGGCUCAGCCUCAUCUUGAGGAGGCGGAGGCUUGCUUGAAGUCAGCGGACCCCGAGAGUGAAGGCUUCCCCCUGGCUAGCCUCACCUGCAGUGUGCUGAGGAGCCAGCUGUGCUGUGCUACCAGCCAGGUAGAGGAAGGGGUGUCUCACCUGCUACAGGUGCUGCAGGAUCUGGGGGUUCAGAAGCAGACAAAGAGCUGGUGCUUCCUCAAGGCAAACACCCUGCAGCUCCUGGGAACCUACCUGAGCCUGCCCAGCACACUGCUGGCUCCCCGGCUGAGGCAGAGGCUGUGUGUGCACGGGUGGCGCUCUCCUGACGUGGCUCUCGUGGAGGGCAGGAAGCUCCUGUGCAGCAUCGUGGUGACUCUGCUGGGGAACGGCGUGUUCGGGACCUACAAGCUCAGCACGGACACGCAAUUCGUGGACCAAGGAGAGAACCUGAUUAAGAAGUGGCAGGUGCUGGCGGACGUGCUGCUCUGCUCCCAGCGCCUUGUCUCUCACAGCAGCCGGAUCGGAGCGACCUGCGAGGCUAAAGCCAUGUGCUUGGAGGCCAUGAGACUGAGCUCCAAGCUGCAAGCGCUCGGACAGUAUGCAGAGUUCCUGGUGGCCAAAGCGGAGCUGGAGCUGCAAAGGGGCGAGGCGGAGCUGUGUGCUCUGGACCUGGAGCAUGUGAGAAUGCUGCUGGAGCUCUGUGCUGAUCACGGCUGCGAAAGCGAGAAGAAAGCAGAGGUCAAGAUCAAACCCAGGAAGGGCAGAGCUGCCAAGAAACGUCCGGCAGCUGUGCCAGGGUCUCCCCCUCAAAAACUACCGGGCCAGAGCCAGGAUGAGGACUUCUUGCACCACCCCCUCCAGCUGAGACCCACCGUUGACCGGGAGCAGCCCCGCUCCCCCUCCCCGGAGCUCAAACCCAGGGCUAGCAAGUGGCUCUCCCUCCUCACCCACCAGCCCCACUGCCCCUGCCCAGGCUGCACCGACCCCAGGCUGGCCAGGGUGUGCGUUCGCUGGGCAGCGGCUCGGGGCGAGCUGGAAGCCGGGUGCGGAGAAGGCAGGGAGGCGUCCAGGCUGCUGGCGGCCGGCCUGUCCCGUUGCGAAGCGCUGGGAGCCAGGCUUGGGGCGGCCGCGGCACGGGUUUUAGGACGCAAGACGGGACGGCCCGCGGGUCUCCUGGACGACGUGGCUGCCAGGAUCCACCUGGGGCUGGCGGUGUCAAACCUGGAGCCUGAGAAGAGGACCUGGGAUCUGCUGGAGUCCGGGCUGGCCUUCCUCGACUCCCGCACCAAUCCGCUGAGGGAGCUGGAGCACGUCCGGGCGGGCUUGCUGACCGCCAAAGCCGUGGCCUCGAUUUGCGCCUUGGCUGCCAAGCGGGACUGCAGUGUGGGGGAGAUAUUCUCCCAAGCUUGGGCGUGGAGCCCCGUUAGCAGCGUUGGAAAAAAUAAUAAAAACGCUAAAGAUACCACGCUGGGGAAAGAGAAGCAGAUGAAAGCCAGAGCCAGGGCUAGGAAGCCAGCUAGGAUACAGCCCCCUGUAGUCAAGGUUACGUCCUCGGAUGAGCCGGAGCUCCCCCCCCUCGGUGUCAAGCUGCCAGCCCCCGUCUCCUCGACCCCCGCCCCCUGCACCCCGGUACAAAAGGGGGGCCCCUCUGCCAAGAUGGGCUCCUGCAGCACGGCCAAGCAGAGCCUGAAGUCCAAGCUGCAGUUCCAGGUGUUCGACGAAUCCUCGUCUCCCCUCAACGUGAGGCUCAAACAGGUCCCUGCGGCUCCCAGGCAGUCCAGGAAAGCGAAGUCCAGGUUUAAGGUCAUGUUCAGCGAUGAUAGCGACCCUGAGGAGGGGGGCGGCAACAAAGAGAAAGACGAGCCAGCCCCAGACGAGCUCUCGGGGCGCAAGAAACUGGGGGCUCGGGGCUCAGGCAGGGUGACGCGGCAGGGAGAGAACCAGCCCUCUGAGAAGCCAAGCAGGGGGGGGCACAGGAGAGCGGAGAAACCAGAGACCCUCCCCGUGCCGUCCGAAGGAAGCUGCCCUGAUCCAGCGCUGGAGACGGGAAGGGCCAGGAGAGGCAGGCCUCCCAAGCAGGCUGCCACCUCCCAGGGGCUCGGGGAGGAGAGUGUGGGGAAGGCAGGGAGGAGGAGAGGGAGGACAAGGGCAGAGGAACCGGAGACGGAACUGAUGAGGACGAUAGAGGAGGAAGAGGAGGGGGAGUUUGAGAUGAGCGUGGAGAUUCUGCGCGGGUCCGAGAGCGAGGAUGAGGAGGGCGUGCUGGUCACUGCUCCCCGGGUUCGAGCGGGGCUCGGGGACUCCCCUGAGUGCGAGGUCCUGAGACGGGAUUUGGGGGCCGAGGGGUGGGGGCUGGCUCUGGGGGAGCAGAGGAAAGGGGUCAGCCUGCACCCCUGCCCCUCCGCUACUCUGUCCACCGCGAUGGCCCCCCUGGACCUGGACUGGGUGCGCUCCCUCCUGCGCUCUGCCUUCCUCUCCGUGCAGCCCUGCCCCCCCAGCUCCCUCUACUCCCACCUCUGCCGGCUCCUGGCCCUCUGCUGGGGGGACGAGGACCCCCAGACCACAGCCUUCCUGCACGGGGAGUCGCUCGCCGUCACAGCCCGUCACCAGAUGAGCAGCAGCCUGCACAGCAAGCAGCGUAAACUGAAGAAGCAGUGCUCCCCAGACACUGAGCUGUCUGAGCGGCUGCAGGAUCUGAAGCUGCAGGACUCCGGCCCCUCCGCGGCCAGCCUGCAGUGCCUCUCUGCCCUGGAGAGAGUAUUUGAGUUCCCGGCUUCCGACCCGGCCCUCUUCCCACAGCAGGACUGCCGGCAGUUUCUGGAGCAUCAGAAACGCAUCCCGCGAGACGUGACUGUGUGCAUGCUGUCGCUGGUCGCUGUUCAUCCAGGAGUACCGGGAGACACUUUGCUGCUGACCAGACUAGAGCGGGACUCGGCUCCUGUGACUGUGCGCAUCCCCACAGCACACAGACAGGUGUCUGUGAGCACCAUGCUGGGGGAGUUCGACUCCAUUCAGGAGCAGCAGAAGGUCAUCAGCAACGUGACGGACAAGGUGGAGUGGUGGGAGGGGCGCCGGGAGCUGGACGAGAGGAUGAAGGUCCUGCUUGUGGAGAUGCAGGACCAGGGUCUGGGCUGCUGGCAGGGCCUCCUGCAGCCUGGCUGCAAGGACCCCGAGGUCGCUGCGCAGACUGCCUGUCUGCAGAAACAGCUGGCAGAGUGCAGGGCUCAGCGAGCCGGAGAGCUGAUCAAGGCCGUCCUGUCUGGCUCUCACCUGCUCAGUGCUGAGGACGUCCACUCCCUGUCCGCUGGUCUCUGCUGCUCUCGUCCAGACGAGGCUCGCGUCUCCCUCCAGGCCGCAGUGGACAGACUGAAGGAGAGGACCGGGGAGUCCCAGGGUCACGUGGUCCUCAUACUGGACAAGGAUCUGCAGAAGCUCCCCUGGGAGAACAUUCCCAGCCUGCGGAGUCGCUCCGUCUCCAGGCUGCCUUCCCUCCGCUUCCUCGUAGGAUACACGGCCAUAAAGGAGCACUGCCCAGGCUCGGUUCUGACCCAGGGUGUGAAUCCGUCCCGGGCUUUCUAUGUGCUGAACCCCCAGGCCAACCUGCCUGGCACUGAGGAGAGGUUCCGGGACUGGUUCUCCAGCGUGCCGGGCUGGGAGGGGGUGAGUGGCAGCGCUCCAUCGCAGGAGAGGAUCCAGGAAGCUCUCUCCACUCGGGACCUGUACAUCUAUGCGGGGCACGGGGCUGGCGCGCGGUUCCUCAGUCCCCAGGUGCUGAUGAAGAUGGGGUGUCACUCCGUCUCCCUGCUGUUUGGCUGCAGCAGCGCGGCGCUGGCAGUGCGGGGGUCUCUGGAAGGCUCUGGGGUCGUGCUCCACUAUCUCAUGGCAGGAUGCCCCCUGGUCCUGGGUAACCUGUGGGACGUGACGGAUCGAGACAUUGACCGCUUCACCAAGAGUCUGCUGCAGGACUGGCUGGACGCAGGGCCCGGGGCCCCGGUCAUGGAGCACGUGAUCCGGGCGAGGGAGGCUCCGCGCCUCAAACACCUCAUCGGAGCCGCGCCCAUCGUCUACGGGCUGCCUGUGAGCCUGCAGUGAGACGGGACACCAGCGCCUCGUCACCGCAGCCUGUGUGUGUGUCACAGUGAACCCCAGUGUAAUACGAGCGUUAUACAGGACUUCAACCAGGGGUGGAGAAAGUGUGUGUGUAGCUGUAUUAGUAGGUAGGUCCUAGGAAAGGGAACAUAUCAAAGAGAAUAAGAAUCAGUCGACGUCCCCUUGAAUUCAGAGUCGUCUUUCCUCCACACAGCACUCCAUUGGUGGCGAGGGGAUUUUAAAUUAAACUUUUCAUCCACAGUUUUACAGCACUGCUCUACCACAGCCGUUACUUGACAUGAACCUCACAACGCUUGGGUCUUUAUUUUUUGGGUGUUUUUUUUUUACACUUGGAUUCAGGGGAAUAAUCCUGAGAUAUUUGCUGUGUUUUCUGUCCUGUAGAUCUGAUCGAUUUGCACCCAGGUUGCUCCAAUAACUAAUUCCACGAUGUGAAAUGUUUUCCUUUUGCAGAAGGCCUGUACAAACUCAAACCGAACGCCUCAUUCUACAGAUAUGCGUCUUGAUUUUUGUGUAUUUAUUUUAUAUUUUAUUUUGGGGGCGGGGCGGGGCUGGGGUGACCUCACUUGUUCAUGAAUCCUGGUUUUCAUUAUUUCUCUCGUGAUUUUUUUUAAUUCCAAAGCGCAUUUAAAUACUAAGUUAUUUUACAUACUCCGUUACAUUUUACUGCCUGUUAGUGUUUGUAACAUCUGUAUAAAAGAUUUGAAUCCGAAACGGAUGCAUUGUGUUUUACCUGUACAAAUAAAGAUUUAAUUUUAUUUUAAAA